ACACAGUGAGAGGAUUUAGACAACAAACAUGAUGCAGACUGUGGUCCUGUUGUUGCUGAUCAGUUGUGCUGUGAAUGGGGCCCAGGACAAUCUGAAUGAGGCCAAACCUGCUCAGUGCUGUGAUGGCUCUGUGUCUAUGGCUGUGGGAGCUCUGACAGAGAAAGUGGCAAAUCUCAUGGACAAAUUGACACAAGUGGAAACCAAGCUGGACCAGACGGAGACAGAACUCACUCAACUGAAGAGCAUCACUCUGGGUACUCCCAAAGUGGCCUUUUCUGCAUCUCUUUAUGAAACUGGCUCUGGAAACACUGGGCCAUUCAACACUGCCACUCCUCUGAAGUACAAGAAUGUAUUUUCCAACUUCGGCAGCAACUACAAUCCGGCUACAGGAAUUUUCACAGCAACUAUCAAAGGCGUGUACUUCUUUCGUUUCUCAAUGCACAGCAACCAUUCUCCUAAUUCAGUUGUGAGCCUGAAGAAAAAUGGGGAGCGUGUGGUGUCUGUGUGGGACACUGCUACAUCAGAUAGUACUGACAUGGGCAGUAAUGCAGCAGUGUUCCCCCUAGAGGCUGGAGACACCGUGUACGUGGAGUUGGCAGCUAACAGACUGGUAUACGACGAUACAAUGAACUACAACACCUUCACUGGGUUCCUUCUGUUCACUCUCUAACCUUAAAUACUUUUUGGGUUUUUUUAUAUUCAUAUAUUAUCAUACUUUUUAAAAACAUUUUAUUAACCAAAACUCUGAUGUCUUGUAAUAUAAACAAUUUCCUGUGACAUCUAAAAUCAUUGUAUUAUUUUUUAAUUUCUCAUUCUACCAUUGAAAUGACUCCACAUACCAUGAGAAAUACUGUAUCUUCAUUAAAAUUGAUUUUAUAGUACCUUAUGAGACAUGUUUUAUAUUGGUGCAGUAAUUGGACAGAUCCAUUGCUUGUUUCCUGUGAAUUUAGUUUUGUUUAGCUUGAAUUGGUUUAAUCUGCCUGUUGUUUACCAAAGACUGUUUCACUGUAUGAUUCCAACGCUCUGUUGGUAAAUCAUUGAUCUUGAUAAGCGCUUCAGCUGCUGUUGUAAUUUUGGGCUUUACAAAAACAAAUCGAAUGGAUUUACAUUACCACCCUGAUAUGGUUUGGACAUUUACAAGAUAAUAUGAGUUGACAGAUGCUGGCAGGAAAGUUACCGUGUAAGUUGUGUAGAGCAUAGGUUAUAUAUAAGUUAUACAUUUUAGUUUCCCUGAAGAUGUGAGACAGGCCUCUACUUUGACAAUGUUUAAUUCCAGGCUCCAAAUGGUAGCUGUGCAUAUGACUGAAAGGGUUUUAUCCUGUACUAUUUUCUUUUAAUGUUAAUUUUAUGAUGAUUAUUUGUGAUUAUUUAUGUUUUGAUGUGUUGUAUUAUGAUUUUAAUGUCUUUCCUAUUCUGUAAAGCACUUUGAAUUACUUUGUAUGAAUUGUGCUAUACAAAUAAACUUGCCUUAUCUUCUACUGCUU